AUGGCUGUAGAAAGGGAGGAUAAUGAGCUUAGCGAGGCUGUUAGAGGGCUAUUUGCAACAGUGAGAGGGGAACUGGCAGCAGUGAGGGAGGAGCUGGCAGUAGUGAAGGGGGAGGUGGCGGCAGCAGUGGCGGAGAAGGCGGCACAGGAGAGUGAACGAGGGUUGUUGUUCAAAGCAGAUUCGCCCUCCUCCGCAGCACCACGAUUUUUGCAGGCACGCGCUCUUCUGCAGCGGAACCGGCUUUCCGCUUCUGCAGAUUUCUCUCUGCUGCAGACCUCCGCGCUGACCACUGCAGAGUUUGCUUCGGUAGAAUUUCGCUUCCCUGCAGAAGGCGACGACCAUCUUCUACAGGGUCAAUGCCAGCUCAACAUGAUCGAGUAA